AUGCCCCGGCAUUUAGCUCCCAAUCGCUCAGGGGUGCACCGGCUAGCGUGUCUCUCACUCUAUCAUGCUCUUCUCGCCCUCGGCAAUCGGGCCUUUCGCGGUAGUGAGAAAGCGGAUGAGAUCCGUAAUCUUGUGAGAAAAAGGUUUCGCAAAGACAGGAAAUUGCAAAGUAUAGGCCAAAUCGCGAACGCUUUGAAAGCAGGGUAUGAAGCCCUCGAUUUAUUCCACGGAUGUGCCAGGAGAGAUAUAGAAAGUAUACAACGAGUCGAUUCUUUGCUUGUCGCAACCCGAGCUCUUCGGCACCAGGUUAUCGAGGAACACCGCGCCCAAUCUGCCCAACCACCACUAUGCCUUCGUAAAAGGCCUCCUCCAAAGAUACGGCGCGACAGGACACCGGAAGCUCUCCGUCCGCACCCUGAUAGAAAGCCGAUCCUUUCUCGACCGAGACCCGUCGUCAGCGGUCGCCGUCAUGUCCCUGUCCUCGUUAAUGCGCGCGGCAUCCCUUUUCUUCGGAUUAGAAAACCGCAGCCACCUAGUCUGAGUGUCACGAUCAAAGGCUUACUACAUAAACGGUGGAAAAGGAUAGAACGACGCGAACGCCUGCAAUUUGAGCUUGGAAGGGCGAAGGAUGAAGACCUCUGGGACGACAUAACAGGUGAGAAAGAUGAUGUGCCUUGGACGGCCUGUGUGAGGGACUGCCUGGAUGAAGUUAAUGCACAACUAUUGCACAAGGAUCUCGAGAAUAGAGCCAUGGCACAAAAGAUGUGGGGUGUGGUAUUGAAGGAAAGGCAGCUAGCAAAGAAAGAGGCCCUCGAGAGAAGAAAGCAGAAACUAGCUGAACAGGCAAUGAAAAGUGAUUGA